GUCUGGCAUUGGUGUGUUCAUCUUUCUUGUGAUUGUACUCUUUCUUUACCUCAAUAACAAAUUAUCCCUUGAGAGUGCCAACCAGCUGUCCAGCCUUGACCAGUACAGAAAAAGCACAGAGCCAGCAGGUGCUCAGAUCACUUUGUUUAAAAUGGGUUUGCCAUUUCAAUUUUUAAGAUUUUAGAUUUUAAGCAGUCUACAUGAUCAUUGGACAUAUAUUCUUCAGAAAUUGACCAAUCAAACCUGCCAUCCAUAGCAGCAUGGCAUUUUUUAAGAGCUUCCAGCAAAGGCUCCCUUCCAUGUCCGCUGUGUUGGAAUCAGUGUCAGAAAAGGUGGAUGACCUGGCUUAUGCACUGAGUGAUGUCACAUUCACGGUGAGCGGAGAACUCGCUGAGCAUGUCAACACCAUCAUCCAUAAAGUCCAGGCCGAGGAGCUGAAGAGGAUUCGUAAGAAAGAGGCCGAAGAGAAGGAGGCUGCAGCACGGCAGGCCCAGGAAAGAGAUCCUCUUCUGGGUAGGACUGAAAUCCAGACCCAGGCUGUAUGCGGCCUAGUGAAGGACCCUGAGCCUCAGACUACAAGCAACGACACCGGUUCACUGCUGUCCACUGAGACUUUCUCUACAGAAAGUGACCUCUCACAGGCUCCUGACACACUGAAAGAAAAGUUCAUAGCGCAAAAUGGGGCUGAUUCACUUUCGGUACUACAACAAAAUGGAUCCUGUGUUAUAGAAAGAACUGAGUCCACUAAACUAAAAACAUCUAGAAGCCCAGCAGAUGGUUGUGAGGAGAAGAAAUCUAGUAAUAUUGAGAGACCAGCUGAAGAUAAGAGUUAUGUGAAUGCAGACUAUCACUGCUCGUCGUCAGACAGUGAUGAUGAGGUGAUUGGACAGUAUCAGGAAGCCGUGUCUCGAUCGCAGGGUCUCAGGGGUGGGUCAGCGGGGACUCACUCACGCCACCAGAAGGGCUAUGGCUGGGACACACGGCAGAAAUACUGCCCCCUAGCGGCUGAAUAUGAUGGCUACAGCAGUGAGGCCUCAGCAGAUGAUGUAAACUGUAUCCAGCGGAUGAGACGGACUCCACCAUUGGAUGAGCUGCAGCCUCCACCCUAUCAGGAUGAGAAUGGGUCGCCACGCAUGUCAUGCACACCCUCUGACCUGGACGAUGCCAAAUGUGACCUUUCCCAGGGGAGCGAUAGCCCCAGACACAGCUAUGGAAAAUGUCCAAGUGAGGUCAGCGGCACACAGGAAACAGAGAGUUUCCUUAACAAGGGCUAUGAAGAAGAUGUGCCCAGUGACAGCACUGCUGUACUCAGCCCAGAGAAUCUGUCUGCACGUGGAUCGGCGGCUCAGCUUCCCAAAGGUUACGACCCUGAGCCUCUCUCUCAAUAUGGAACUCUCGACGUCAUCUUUGACUACGAUUCGUCUGACCAGCGUCUGUCUGUCACGAUAACAGCGCUGACAGACAUUCCUUCUCUCAAACGCACGGGUAACAUCUCCUGGCAGGUGCAUCUGGUGCUGCUGCCCACCAAAAAACAGAGGGCCAAAACCAUCAUCCAGCGUGGCCCCUGCCCCGUCUUCACAGAGACACUUUACUUCAGCCAUAUCGAGUCGGAGAUGAUCGGGAAUUAUGCCGUCCGGUUCCGCUUGUACAGCAUCCGCAGGAUGAAGAAGGAGAAGGCUCUUGGAGAGAAGGUGUUCUACCUCACCAAACUCAACCUACAGGGCAAGAUGUCAGUCCCCAUAAUACUGGACCCCUACUGCAACAUACCUGGCAGUGACUCUCAGGCAAGCAUGUCAGAUGUAUCGUGCAGCGAGACGGCCUCGUCGUUCCCAUCUGCUGGUCAGGGGUCAGCUCCUGAGAUCCUGCUGGGGCUUGUGUACAACGCCACUACAGGACGUCUCUCUGUGGAGGUCAUCAAAGGAAGCCACUUUAAAAACCUGGCAGCAAAUAAACCUCCCAACGGUUUGUUCUGUUGUCUAAAGCACUUGAUAGGUGGGCAGGUGUACAUAAUCCGAGACACAUACGUAAAGCUGACUCUGCUGAACUCAAUGGGUCAAGAGAUGUCCAAGUGCAAGACGUCCAUCUGUCGAGGCCAACCCAACCCCACCUACAAGGAGACCUUUGUGUUCCAAGUAGCUCUGUUCCAGCUCUCCGAUGUCACACUCAUCCUGUCGGUCUACAACAAGCGCAGCAUGAAACGGAAGGAGAUGAUUGGCUGGAUCUCUCUGGGGCUGAACAGCUCUGGGGAGGAGGAGCUGACACACUGGACACAGAUGAAGGAAUCGAAGGGACAACAGGUGUGUCGAUGGCACAGUCUUUUGGAGUCCUAGAAUGUCAGCAAGUGAUGGCAAUGAUGUGUGUUAUGGCAUAGGUGACAGAGAGCAGGUCAUGCCCUCGAACGGCCCCAAGACAACAGAGCUGGCCCUCACUGCAGUGCAUUAUGAGAAACACGAGUAGUUCUGGGGAUGUAAUCUACUCUCCUUCCCAAUGCACUGUGGGAAACGGGUUAGAGAAAAUGGUGAGAACAGGGUUAGAGAUGCCACACCGUUAAUGGAGGAAACACUACUGAGAUUUAUUUAGAUAUUUAUUUGUAUAUUUUGACAUGAUGUUUCUCUUUUGUUCAUUUUAAGAUUAUGGGGUUAUGGUGUUUAAGGCACAGUAAGAGAGAAAGAAAGUGUGAGAUCCAGACAUGAACGAGUUCAUAUAUCUUAGCUCAGAUUAUAACUUGUGUCCUAAGAUUACAUUACUCAGACCUACCAAAGUUGUUCAGGGGUACAAUUACUGUCAGGUUGACUAGAUGCCAUUCUGAGGUAUUUGAAUGAAAACUAUGUCUAUGGCUGGGUUUCUCAACAUGUGAUUGGAUUUUCUAGAUUGUGUUCUUAUACAGGAUUUAGUUCAUUCCAAUGUAUUAUAAGAGUGCCAAUCCAUACUUCAACACAUAUAGCCUGUUAUGUGUCAGUGCCCGGUUGCAUGAAACUCUUUAAGUGAGGGUUUCCCUGAGGGAGAAAAAAUCCCUGAGGUAAGGGAUUUCAUUAAGAGCGUUGCAAGAAACCUCUUAACUGUCAACCUUACCUAAGUGUUUAUACUAAGCGUUUCACAGUAGUUUCUGACAUCAAACGGCAAAGAUCUCCGCGGUUGCUAUAGUUACUACCUCUAACAGUAAACAGAACAUAACGAACCACAAAGUCAAACCCUUACUUAAAUCACACUUGUAUUAAUAUAUUUUUCAUAUGGAGAGUACAAACAUAACAGAAAAAAAAAAAAAAACUGGACAGAGGACGAAAAGGCAAUUAUUGUUUUCAUAAGUGGUUAUAAUAAUAAUAAUAAUAUUUUCAUCCUUUCAUCAACCAUUCAACGUUUCCAAGGGGUUAUUACGAUCAUUAAAAUACACGCCUUGGUAUAUCUUCAAUUAACACUAAAUCAGCCAUCAUAUUUUGUGUUUAAGUUGACUUAAGGAAGCUGUUUUGGUCCCUUAAAUUUAUUAAGGUGAAAUGGUCACUAAGGACUUUGUAGCAACACUUAAGGGAACACUUAGAUAAUUAAGGGGAAAAACUUAAUAACAGCCUCAAGUUCCUUAAGGAAACCCUUAGGGUUUUUUUUCAUGCAACCCAAGUUUCACUAGGUGUACCCUUAACCUUAUAUGUAAGGGAUUUCUUAGCUUAAGGAGUUUCAAGCAACCGGGCACAGAUAUUUUAUUUCCUCUCAUUCUGAAUUUAAUACUUGGAUCAGAAACUCCACAAUACAAAUAGAAAAAAAAUUAUUUCAUUCUCAAUAUAACAUUAACAGCCAAUAAGGAUAAAACUUUUGUUUAAACUACAUUUUCUUAUAAACACCUUAAUAUAAUAAUAUGUUUAUAAAGCUUUAUAAAUAUAAGAAAAACUUUAUAAUAUAAGUAUGAAUUAUUAUUUUUUAAAAAUGUAUAAAAAUAUAAAGUAUAUCGAUUAUUUGUUUGCUUAUACAAUCAUGUCAUGACAUGUUAUAAAAAGGUUUUUAUUUUAUUUUUCUACUGGAAACCCAGUAAAACAGAAGCACUUCCUUAUUUUUUAUUAUAUUAUAUUUUAACAUGCAUUACAGAAGAAAUCUCUUAAAUCCCUUUAAACGUUUAAUGAAGUAAUAUAAUGUCAAUACAAAAUUGGUGAUAAAUUAAAUAAUAUUGUCCAAAAUGUUCUAUAGCACUUUUAAUAAACUAAUACCCUGAAUUUAUUAUGUAAAAUGUAAUUUAUAGUGUAAAAUGUAUAAAGUAUAUAAAUUACUAAAUAUAAAUUAUUUGUUGACAAAUACAAUAAAAAUGAAACACAUUAAAAACAUUUGAAAAUCUACUGUACAUGGAAACCCUGUAAAAAAGAAGCAUUUCCUUAUUUUAUAUAUAUAUAAUAUUUCAUAUUAUAUUUUAACUAUACAUUAUAGAAGAAAUCCCUUGAAUACCUUGAAAUCAUUUUAAUAAAGUGAUAUAAUGUCAAUACAAAAUUAUACAAUACUGACCUGACCAUAAUCUUUUCACAAUAAAGGCCUGUUCACACCCAGAAUGAUAAUUAUAACAAUUAAACUAUAAAAACUAUAUUAGUGUCCAAACCAACAGACUAUAACAUAAGUUAUGUUAAUGCAAUGACAAAUGGGAUUUACCAUUCCUGAUGAAGAACAAUGAGCACAUGCAUCUUCAGCUCUUACUUCGACUUUAGAGUCAAAUCUGUGACUGUUUUGAAUCGUGAGAACAUUAUGAAACCAUUUUCUAAUAGUUUCUAACAUGGUGAAAUGAAGGCUGCAUUAAUUUGACAGUUUAUGAUAUGGAUGUGUAUUUGCCAUACUUUUACACAAGACUGUUCCCUCUAAUCUUUUGUAUUGAAUUUAUUGUGCGAUCCUGAAUGUUGAGAUUUAGUACCGGAGACUUAACACUCAGUACUGCAACACUAGAGAUGUAGAAUGCCAGUGUUCUGGCUGAAUGUCCUGUAUAGAGGACCAGUGAUGAAACUAUGAGGAUGUUUAACUAUGAGGAGUGUGUGAUGGUAAGGAGGCUUCUCAGCGCUUUUGCUCUGUCUAUACAAGUGUCCUGAUCUCUGUGUGGUCAACCUGUGAAAUCUGUCUUGAACUAGUUUCUUUCCUUUCUUGAGCGAUGGUCAAACUCACUCAGUGAUUGUUAUGUACUGUAAAUGGCACAUAGAUUUUGCUGAUCUAUUUUUGUAUCUAUAUAUCUGAGAAAAUGGACCCACUUUCUUGGUAAAUGUAUGAAGCUCUGUGAGCAGUAUGGAGUUGUAGACUUUGUUCUACUUUCACAGUUUAGUUGAUAUUUCGUACCAUUUUCGCUUUAAAAGAAAUGUUUAAUUAGUGAAUGUGUCACUUAUUCAGUGUGCUUUUUCAAAAUAUCACAAGAUAAAUGUUGAGAUAAAAAAAAAAAAACCUUGUCCCUGUUACAGUCUUGCAGGUUGAUAGAAACAAGUGUGAGUGUGUGAGACAAGGGUGUGUUUGUUCAGUGUGAUGUUACAUACUGUUAUAUGUAUUCUUAGCUUUGCUAAUGUCGUCAUUUCAGGUGAUGAUACUGUAUAUGAAUUUGUUUUACUCCCCUCCUUAAAAGAGAGAAAAGUCAGGUAUGGCAAGUAGCUGGACUCUUUGAGCUAGUAUGUUUUGUAAGACCAGAAUUAAGCACAUUUUUAGGGCACAUGGAGUCAUGAAACACAUCUUGUGAAAGAGUCUCGGACUUUGAUGGUCCUCAGAGAGUCACAACUGGACAAUAUCUCCCUUACAGACCACGUCCCACGAAACGCACAGCUGGGCUGAGCUUUCCCUCUCACGCUGGGUCUGGGAGAUGUUCUCAGUUUCUUCUUGGCAAACGGAGUAAACAGUCUCGAAAUGGUAUUUUAACAUUCUGUCAACUUUUAAGCCUGAGAAAAUGCCACAGCUGUCAAAAUUACAAUGACAUAAUACAGCACAAUGUUGAAAUGUAGGAUGUUAAAUGCAUUAUGACUAGAAAACAGCUGUGUCACAAACUGACGCAGAGAGGCUGUUAUGUCUUACUCGUGACAGUUUUAUUAGGGGCUUGGUGCACUGUUGCCUCAUGCAGAUAUGGCUUCCAAAUGAUUUUCACACUAUAAAUGAGAAUCUCAUUGCAAAUACAGUAAAUCAGUUAAAUAGGUUGGUUACAUGGCUCUGCCAGUCUGCAGUCCCUCAGACUCAAGCUUUCCAGUAGAUUCUGACCAGUCCAUAUUUAAAGGGAUAGUUCACCUUUAGAUUUAACAUUUAGUUGUCAAGUUACUCAUGCUCAUAUUGUUCUAACCCUGUAUUAUUUCAUGAAACUCAAAUUUAGAUGUUAGGCAGAAUGUCCAAGCUGCACUUUAACACAUAAAGCAUGCUCCAAGACUUCUAAGUCUUCUGAAACUAUGUUAUAGUUUGUAUGAAACAGACCCAAAUUCAUUGUUCAGUGAUAAACACAGCUCAUUAUGUAUAAAAGUGCAUUGUUUUAUUACAUGAAUACAAGCACAAAUAAGGGUUCUGAUUGAGGGGGAAGAUGAUUAGUAAAUACUGGUUUAAAUCAUGGCCUGUUCCGAACACAGGCCUACUUCAAAAAUGUUGAGUCCGUUCGAUUUUAGUUUUUGUAAGAAGUCUCUUAUGCUCAUCAAUGCUCCCAAGUUUUGAUCAAACAAAUGGAAUACAGUGAAAAAACUUAAAUUGUGAAAUAUUUUUGCCAUUUAAAAUAUAUUUCUGAGAUGGCAAAGCUGGAUUUUCAGCACACUCCAGUCGUCAGUGUCACAUAAACCUUUAGAAAUAAUUUUAAUAUGCUGAUUUGCUGCUCAGAAACAUUAAUUAUUAUUAUCAAUGCUGAAAACAAUUGUGCUGCUUAAUGUUUUGUGGCUAAUGAUUUUUAAGUCUAAAAAAAGAACAGCAUUUCAUUGAAUUAUAUUUUUUUGUAACAAUUUAAAAAAUAUUUGUUUUAACGUUUAAUAAGUUUAAUGCAAUCCCAAUCUUUUGCAAAAAUAUAUGUCUUUAUAAGACUUGGAAUAUAGCAUACAUAUGGAAUAAUAAAUUCACUGUUUGUAUAAUGUUUAAAGGGAUACUCCACCCCAAAAAGUUAAUUUUGUAAUUAAUCACUUACCCCCAUGUCAUUCC